UGGGCCUUUUUUGCUCCUUUCCGAUUCUCAUACGCAUGAAGGUGCCUCGUCGAACGUAUUUCGCUGGCUUUUGUGAGAAUCUUAUUAUUUCGUUUCUCUUGUAAUGUCAGCGGUCGACGAUGUAUUCGAAAGCUGGGAAGAAAUGGAGGAGUCCGGGGUUCUGGACAAAAAGUUGAAGGCUCUUCAAUUGAAUCCGUUGGAAGGUCUGGAUGAGGUGGAAGCAUCUUGUCUGAUGGAAAAUCAGAAUUCAAAUACAAGAAUGAUAAUCCUGGGAGAAGAUGGGUUACGCACUCAGUACGUACCACCAAAACCUACCGUGAAAAUUCUAAAAAGACCAGCAAGACAUUCACAGGGGAGUGGAGAUGGUCCUCUUCUCAAUGGAGAUUGCAAACCCAAGCCAGCUAUCAAGUCUUUGAAGCAGAGAGAACAGGAGUACGCAGAGGCUCGCAAACGGAUUUUGGGGGAAGAAAGAAGUCCCGAAGAAAAAUCGGUGUGUGAAGUGAACAGGAUUCAGCCGAAAUUUACAAGCCCAACGGGCAGCAACCUGCCCCCAAACGUCCUCCGAAUGCCAAUAGGUCCUGAUGGAACUCGAGGUUUUAACGUACGAAGGUAGCGCGUCACUUAGGGUCCUUCCCUCGUCACCCAACUUCAUCCUCUCGGUCCCUCCCCUGUCCCAGGGGAGGCUAAGAGGCGGCUAUGAGGCCGACUGCAGUAUUCAGAAAGCAGGACUGCGUUCCUCGGCGGUUGAGGGUGCGGCUACCUUUGGAACGACCUGGAGUCUGCACGGAUCUGCGUCAAACAGGCCAAAGCGCUCUACUGAGCCAGCGGCACUGCAUAUGCACAGCGCCAAAACACAUAACAACUCUAAGUGGAAUGCUAUAACGGUGUGACACCGUUGCCGAAAAAUAACAAAAUAAGAAAAAAAGAUUAAAGAAAUACCGACAAAGUACCAAUUUGACAUUGUUUUUUAUUUGUUUUAUUGUAAACGGACGAGAGGUUCUUGACUCGGAUACACGAUUGCCUUAUAAUGGAGAUGUUUUAUUCAUAAGGAUCUCGAACGAAAGAUCAAGAAACUAAUUUCUUCUCUUCGAUCGGGAUACUCAACAAAAACUUAUGCUUCAAGAUCGAGAAUUCAGUACAGACUCUUAAAUAAUAUAAAAUAUUGCUGUUA